CGCCGAUUCAUUUCAUCCGCAACGAAUUCCAAAAAUAUCAGUCUCCGUUUGAUUCACUUGCCUUUCGAGAUCUGCAAUGGCGUUCCCUAAGGUUUUCUUCGACAUAACCAUCGGCGGUCAGCCCGCGGGACGGAUCGUCAUGGAGCUCUACACCGACAAGACCCCGCAGACGGCGGAGAACUUCCGCGCCCUCUGCACCGGCGAGAAGGGCGUCGGCCGCAAGGGCAAGCCCCUCCACUUCAAAGGGUCCUCGUUCCAUCGCAUCAUUACGGAAUUCAUGUGCCAGGGAGGCGAUUUCACCGCCGGGAACGGCACAGGUGGCGAGUCGAUCUACGGCGACAAGUUCAAGGACGAGGACUUCACCAGGAAACACACGGGUCCGGGUAUCCUGUCCAUGGCUAACGCGGGUCCCAACACCAAUGGAUCCCAGUUCUUCAUAUGCACCGUGAAGACGAGCUGGCUCGACGGGAAGCACGUGGUGUUCGGGCAGGUGGUGGAAGGGAUGGACGUGGUGAAGGCGAUGGAGAAAGUGGGAUCGUCGUCUGGUAAGCCUUCGAAACCGGUGGUAAUCGCAGAUUGCGGUCAGCUCUCUUAGAGUUGAUUGGCGGCUGUGGAUCUAGGGUUUCUUAGAUCUGUGUUUGGGUUGUGUGUGUGUUCUAUUUUCGUGGCUGAGACGAGAGGAGGAGUCAUGUACCUCCUCCUAAUUAAAUAAGAUAUGCCUUUUUCUGUUGUGUUAAUUGGGGAAGAAAUAUCUGAAAGUAUGAAAUCGUGGUUUCUCUC